GGCGAUGGCGUGAGCUAACGUUAGAAGUUAUUAAUAUGUUUUCAUUCCCUUGUGUGUCAACAUCGGACUGACAUUGUCCCUGCAGAUGACCUAACGCUAGCUAGCACUCGUGAAUGUUUUCUAGCAUUAACUUGGGUCACCAUCCACAGUGCAUAUAAUGGGUUUUAGACACAUGUAAACCAACGUUACGCCCGGCUCACUCAGAAAGGCAUGUUGUGAAAAAGAAAAUUAUUACAGGUGCUUGCAAGUUAAAGGUUAAAAACGGAUACAGAACAUCUCACGUCUGACCCUUAAACGUUGCUGUCAGACUGAACAGUUUGCGCAAAUCCAGUGGCUUGUAUUUACCUGUGCCGGGAUAGCGUAGCCUCAGCUGAUAAGAGACACCAGACAGGCCAACUGGGGCGUUAUUGCUAUGCUAUGAUUGUGUCUGAUUAUAGUCUUUAUGUUUCUUUCUAUAAGCAAGACCCACCAAAAGACCAAAACCACAACAGCCAUGGAGAGUUCGUCCGUGUACAUGUGCUUCCCCUGCUACCAGGAGUUUAACACUCUUGAGGAGGUACUUGAGCACCAGUUGACAUGCACUGCUGAGGAUGAGCAGCCAGACACAUCUGCAGCCACCACUGCUACUAUUCCAGUGCUACAGACUCGGCAACAGAUAAUAAAUAUAUCUAAGGCCAUUGCAGUACCGCAGAUUCAAGUCCAAGCAACACAAGCCUCCGUGCAGCCUGUCAAGAGCGUAUUCAAACAGGCUGCAGUCACUACAACAACAACAACAUCGGACCAGCCCAGAAUCCUCUACCAGUGUGGGGACUGUGAUGAACUAUUCAAGACACUGGACCAAUGGCAGCAACAUCGUAAGGAAGGGACAUGUCAGGAGACUCCCUCUGGGAGCAAGACAGAUGCUGAUGCACAACCUGAGCCAGAGGACGAUGCAGCUCAGAGCUCCAGUUCAACUUUGAAUCCAGAAGAUUCUGCACUCUCUCAAAGUGAAACUUGCGAAGUUCUUAAGCCAGAACUAGUGGAGGAGCCCAUAGUGGAGGAGGAAAGGCUGCAAGUUGAAGAAACUCCUGCAGCUCAGAGCUCUGAUCCUCCUGUUGCUGUGACUGCUGGUCCAGAAGAGUCGUCUCCCAAGAGGAGAGGGGCAAACAAAAAGCCUAAGCCAGAGCCAGUGCUCCUGUGUGUUGACUGUGGCUCAUGCUUUGGUCUGGUGUCUGAACUUGUGGCCCACCGCAAGACCCAACACGGCUUUGAGGAAGCUCUGCACCGCUGCUCUGUGUGUGGUGAAAGCUUUCUAAACACCACUCUUUUUCUCUACCACCGCAAGCAGCACCGACAGAAAGGUGAGGAAAAGGUGGUAGAGGCUCCUAGGGUUGUGGCACCAGAGGAAGUUUGCACUCAGAACAAUGGGACUGAUGAGCAGGAGCAGGAUGCCACUUUCCCCACUGCUGCUGUCAGCAGUAGUUUUGCACAGCCUGAGUUGUUUAUGUGCACCUAUUGUGGACAGAGCUUUAAUGAAGAGGCAGGGCUGGGCACCCAUCGUAAGGAGAAGCAUGACCUGAAGGAGCCGCUACACACCUGCACCCACUGCGGGGAAAGCUUCAUGAACACCACCCUGUUCCUUUACCAUCGCCGGCAGCACAGCUUCACAUCAGUGACUGAGGUGGCGGAUGGAGCUGAAACUAGUGAUGAAAUAGCCACCAGUAAAGAUCAGGAUGCACCACAGAGCUCAAAACGGCUGCUUUCCCCGUCUGCCUCUGCUACUGAGUCAGGUUCUUCACCUGUACCAAAGAGGAGCAGGCCCUCUUUCAGGAUUGUGAGUGGCACCAGUGCGCUCAAAGGAAACAAGAGCUCAAGCACCAAAGAGGAGUCAGAGUGCAGCACUACAGCAGACUCAGACAACACCAACCACCCUCCACCUGCCAAGCUGCUGCAGGACUGGGCCCGCACACCACUACCACAUGUUUGCCCAUACUGUGGCAAAACCUUCACCCGGCGCGUCUUCCUCCGAACCCAUGUCUACAGCCACACUGGAGAAAAGCUCUUCACGUGCAAGGUGUGCACAAAGUCCUUCACCAACUCCCAGAGCCUGCUGCGCCACAGCAUGAGCCACACAGGCACCAAGCCCUACAGCUGCGAUGUUUGUGGCAAAAACUUCUCGCAGGCGCCAACCCUGAAGAGACACCAACGCAUUCACACAUCCACACUGGCGCCACGCAAGCGCGGACGCAAACCGGUGUGCACUCUGGACAAUGAGGGAGCCGCUCAUCUCUUCGCUUGUCCUCACUGCCCCUCACGGUUCAACACUGAGGAUCAGCUCAACCAUCACAAACUGCUCCACACCAGCCAUCCGUUCCCUUGCCCUGAAUGUGGAGAGGCCUUCAAACGCAGGAAAGACCUGGACCUGCACUCACUCACUCACCAAGAUAAGCAGCCAGCGAUGUGUCCGCACUGUUCAUCCCAGUUUGUGAACCAGUCAGUGCUGGAAAUCCACAUGCAGCGCUGCCCAAUCACAGAAGAGGAGAAGACUGCUGGUCGUGGACGCGGCCAAGGCCGAGGACGAAGCACUGGACAGAUUGAGUGUGACCUAUGCGGCCACCGUUGCAUGACCCAGGAGGGCCUCGACCUCCAUCGGUUAUCCCACACUGGCCAGACUCCCCUCAAAUGCCCAGUGAGGCCCUGCCGCCGACGCUUUACCUCUAACAGUGCCCUGGAGGAGCAUGUGCUGGCCCACUUCCAAGGAACGCUCAGCAAGUCCAAAAACCGACCCCGCUUUCGCUGUCAGAUUUGCCACAAGGAUUUUGCCUACAAUUCCACCUUCAAUGUUCACAUGAGGACACACACUGAUGAGAGGCCCUUUGAGUGUGCCACAUGUGGCAAACGCUUCCGCCAGCUGCCCCACCUGCAGGACCACGAACGCAUCCACAGUGGCCUGCGGCCUUUCUGCUGCUGGAUUUGUGGCAAGAGCUUCAGCGUGGCCGCCCGGCUCACUGAGCACGCCCGCACCCACAGUGGCGAGAAGCCCUACCCGUGUGCCCACUGCCCUGCUGCCUUCCGCUCCCGCUCCAACCUGGAUAAACACAUCCGGCUACAUGGUGACGUGCCUAUGGAUACCGUCGAGGAGGUAGCGCAGGCCGCUGAGGCUGCUCAUGUCCAGAAGGUGCUGGAGGGGGCCAAGGUGCUGUCUACUAUGACCACCACAGGGGACGUUGAUUCUGGCACAGUGCAGACCAUCUAUGUCCUGCAAGGGGCCGAGGGAGGUACAGAGACGGUCAUGAUACCAUCCGAUCAGCUCAGUGGCAUUGAGGGCGCCUCACAGGUCGUCAUCCUGCCCUCCUCUGUUCUGGGAGCUCAGGGCAUCACUGUUCCCACGAUCACCAUGGAUGGGAAUGAAAUCACCAUGGUGGAGACGAGCCAGUCGCCGCAGCAUGCUAUCGAGUUCAUUGUGGAGGAGACUGUAUGAAACCUAUUGUUUAAAGGACAACACAGUAGAGAAAGACGGAAAGGUUACCUGAGAAUAUAGACUGUUGAUGAAGUUCAAAGUUUGAUGACUGUUCGUUGAAGGAUUGCCAGUUAUUACCUUGUAUGUAAAUAGUUUGAUAGGUUUCUGAGCCAGUUUCAAUAAAGGUUUCAUCUUGUGUAGAAGUACAAUUUUACAUCUUCCUUUGAGCAACAAGAUUAAUAAAGGUGGCGGUGUAAAUCUAAUUAUAAGUUGAUGCACAGAAUGUACCCUGAAUUAGUCUUUCAAAAUGAUUGGAAAAACGGGGGGUAAAAUCGGCCCAGGAUUGUAUGCAGACGUUUAUUUACGGCCUGCCUUUAUUAGGGGGAAGACCAGUGGUGGCCCAUGAAAUGUCUUCUGCUUUCUUUAUAAUAAAACGCUUCAGCUUUCA